UCUCAUUUGUAUAACAAGUCAAAGCCUAACGAACGUGUCGUGCUACAAAAUUACUAGUUUUAUUCCCAACUCCUGCAAAAUCGUCAGUGUUUUGCAAAAAUGUUGAAAAAAUUCGUGGAAGUGAACGCCGAGUGCUGUCCCUCGAACAAUCCCUAUGAGAUUCGUACCUUUCUGGGCAACGAAACGUCGCCGGAAUGGAAGGCGGAGAACUGUCCGCCCCGCGAUCGCGUGUGUAAAAAAAAGCCUCCCAACUCCACGAUCUCCCAAGUGUUAACCAUCGAGGAUGAGCUGCGUCGCAUCCACCAGAAGGCGGAGGAGUCCCGCUUUAUAAGGCCUUAUAAAAAGAAAUGUGCCCUCUACGACGAGUACACCAUGUGCAUUAUACCACAACGAACUCCUGCGGAGCUAAAGACCCAUGCCGAGAUGCGAGAGCGUCUGCUGGCCGCACGCAAGGACUUUGGACUCGUCGAGCACGAUGCCAGGGUCGAUAGGACCUGUCCAAAAGAUCUCGUUGUCCUCAACAGUCCUAUGGACAUGGGCGAGGAGGAAGAACAGGCUGAGGAGGGCGAGGAAGAGGAGGAGGGCGAGGUCAAGCCACAACUAGCCACUCCCGAAUGCAGUUCUGAUAUGAUAAUUAUACCGGACAAACGCAUGUUGGAGCUAAAACGUCCUAAGAGCCGCAUAUACUUAAACGAGACUGAAGUUGGACCCUUGGAGGAGCUCCCCUUUCCAUCUUACAAUCCGCGAGUCCUGCAAGAAGGCUUAGAAGGGGAAAACCUCAAGACCUACGAUAUCAUUGAGGGCUGCAGUCCUCAGGACUUGUGGACCUGGAAUGUCGGGUACCAAAAGAGAGAGGAGCAGAUGGAUCAGGAAUUUAUCUCCGCCUCCCUGCCCAAAUAUGAAAACGACGGCGAACUUACGCUCUAUAACAUACCUCAACAGCUGGACAAGACGUUUACUGCUGAGAUUGUGUUUGGGAAUCGGAACAUCUAUCCUGAACCAAAGAAGGAGCCUAACCGUUUGCAGUACUAUUAUCGGCCUAGUGAAAUCGGUGCCAUUAUAGUCGCUUUCGUAGAGACCUUUCGUUUGAAUCCCGAUUUCUGGACGGGAUCUACUAUGGAUGGGAUCCUAAAGCGCGGAGUGAAGUUGACCAAAAAGAGCGCCGACCUAAACUACAAGUCGGAGGUGAAUGAUUUCGAUAUCAUCCAACAAGUGGCGGAAAGAGAUGCCGCCGUUGAGAUUAAAAUACACUUUUCAGGACUUUUAAAAAACGAACCAAAUAUGUACAAAGCACUUUCGCUAUUCUUCUCCAAAUACAAUGCCUGCAUCUUUACGUCCCGGGAUCUUUUCCUGUUGAUCUGGAAGCGCUGCUUAAACUCGUACUAUAUCUUCGAUCCCAAUGGACGGGAUGAAAACUGCGAACGGAAUUUCGAGGAGGGGAAGUGCUCACUGAUGGCCACUCGUUAUACGGAGCACUUGGUCCAUUUGAUCACCAAGUUCAGUGAUCUGCAGCCACAGGAUGAAUUUAAUAUCUUUGAGAUAUCACUGACUCAGUAUGGCAAACUUAAGGAGUUGCCUAUUGAUUCGGCGGAAAACGAGGAGUACCACAAACUUUGGGCGCCAGUCAAUGAGAACUUUGCGGUAAAAACUGCGGCCACAGGUGGUAUUCACCAACCAAUCUCCGGAAAUGAGAAGAAUGCAUCGCUGGUUGUGUCAUUAAUAGCUCUGAUUUACUCGGAAUUUGAGCUGGCCAAACUUUGGAAACCGGGUACCGUGGAUGACAUCAUAAGGUAUGGUGUGGCCUACUACAAAACCCUUCGGAAGAAGUUCCGCCUGGAUGGCAAACGCUGGAAGAACAAGAAGCCCCAUUUGAAUGUGGUGGAUUUGCCAGAAAUGUUCCUCAUGGGUGCAUUUAAGGCCACCGUUCGAAAGCAUCCCUUCAUGAUCAAUGGUCAUGUGGCGGAUUGCAGGAACUAUCUGGAAUCCCAGCUAACGAUGGCACUGCACCAGUUGUUCAACAUGCCCCAGUGGCCAUCUGCCCUGCUUCAGAUCGAUAAUUCAGUGAUGGCUGUAUGGCGAGACAGGGAGUUCUUCUAUGUCUUUGAUCCCUUCCGGCGGAAUCGAACUGGUCUGGUGGUGGAUCCCGAUGACUAUAGCAUUAAGGGAUUGGCUGUGCUGCAACUGCACGCUACCUUCGAUUCCUUUGUCCGUGUGAUCUAUAUGAAUGCCCUGAAGAUGCGAAGGGGUGGUAAGUUCUUUAUCCAUGGCAUUCGGACUGGCUGCAUCCGACCGCUGCAGGUGAUGACCCCGCAGACAAACAGGUUUCCGGGAUUACAGAUGGGCCUGCCCACAUUCACGGAUGAACCACCAAUGCCAGAGCUUAAACAGAAAAAGAGUAUUGAGAGUAUACCGGAGGAGGAUCGCUUCCCCACAGUCGAUGAUAAGGAAAUGGUGGAGGAGCUGAUCAAUAUGAUCAUCAAUAGUAUUAUUAAGGAACUGCCAGAACCACAACCCAAGAGACCACGUCUCUAUAAGCCUGCUCAAAAGGUCCUCCUGCGUACGGAUCAAGAGAAUCUCAAGGCUCUGCGUCUAAAGAUCAAGCGGGGCUAUGAGCUUGGGCAGGAGGAGGAGGAGGACCUGAAGAGAGUGCUCACGGUGGAGGAGGAGGUGGCUCUCAAGAGCAACUUCAAGGCGUUGCCGGACGGCUCCUGGAUUAUCGUGGGAACCACUCAGCUGCCCCAGUUGGACGAGGAGAUGGCUAAACUGGGAGGUCUCCUGGCUGGCUUGGUAGCCAUGGCUGUCUCAGCGAAGUACAAGCUGUCCACCUGGAAUUCUGAACUAAUUGAGUUUAGCUUGGAAUCUGCAAACAGCUUUGGAGAUGAUUAUCAGAACUACGAAUCCAUAUUGGACUGCCUAUUAGCAAAGAAAUUACCGGAUAUUUCCAUCGGCGAGAGCAACUUCAGUUUGGAGGUGAAGAAAGUGGUGAAGUCCUCGGUUAUGGUUCCCCUUCGCCAGGUACUUGUGGAUCUACUGGUGGACAAUAAUAGGCUGCUCCUCGUUUGUCCACGUUUUUCCUGUGUAAUCUUUAAGCGUUACAACUUUGUCUACAUGUUCAUUGGGUUUCCCUGCAACGCAAUUGGCUAUAGAAAGGGUGGAUCCGGUCCAGCUUGUCUCCUUCGAUUUGUGGAACUAGAUGCAUUGAUCAAGCGCAUUGAAUUCGGCUGCAAUCCCCAGGGUUGUUCGGUUAUGAACUUUAUUGUGGCUUGCAUCCAAAUGGUAGAUAAUAAUCUUCAUGGACGCUUUAGAUCUUGGAGAAAGGAGGAUGAUGAUAAGGAAGUAAAGCAGGAGACGGCUAGGCAGAAGAAACUGCGCGAGCAAAGACUAGAGAAGAUGCGCUACAUCGACGAGGAGCUCAAAAAGGAGAACGAGCGCAUUCAGAUGUUCCUCAAGGCCAAACAGGAGCACAUGGACCGCAAGGCUGGAAAAAAACCCGAGUACAGGGACAUUGGAAUCGACGAGGGCGAAGGCGAGGAGGGCGACGAGGAGGAAGACAUGAUCGGUGAUGGAGAGGGCGAAGAGGAAGGCGAAGGCGAGGAGGAGGUGGAACUGAAGCACCUACCAGGCAAGAAGUUACCCAAGGAACUUCGUCGGGCAUACAAGCCGCGUCCCAUAAUGUUUGGCUACAGAAUGCGCGAGAAGGACUGCAACUUUAAGAUCCAGGGCAGCCUGGCACUCGAGGGACGCGACGAGGGUUCAUUCAAGACCAUCAAGCCGUGCUACUUCGCCUCCGCUCUGGCCAUCAUCAGUUGCUCCUUGCGUCCCUUGAACCAAUGGAACUCCUACCGCAUCGAUAGGGUAAUCAAUAAUGCCAAGGCCAUUUCCAAGGGCGUCUGCGAAUUGGAAUCAGUAUUCGAACGGGUUGUCCGCCACGUUACCAUAGAUGAUUACGAGUUUGACAUCUGGAUCCGUUGCUUUGAGCCGGCUGGCAUGUGGACCCCUACCCCGGUGAAGAAACCGGAUACUCCGGAAGUAGGCCUCAUGAUCUUCAAGAAGAAGUUCGGCAAGUUGUUGAACCUGCGUAAAUAUAUGAUUAUCUUCACGCCCAAUGGAAGUUAUGCCAUCUACCACGACGAGUUCUUCCACGUCUUUGAUCCCUAUGGCAGUAUGGAGAAACCGGGACAGGAUGAGGAACAAGAGGACGAAGGCGAUGAGGAGGGCGGCAAAAAGAAGAAGAGAUGCCCCAAGGGACCUAAGAGGUGGCCCGAAAGAAAUACUGCCUCCUGGGUUCUCCUCUAUGAUGUUGAUUCGCUGCUUAAGUACAUCGACGAACGAAGUGCCGUGAAGAACUGGAAGGAGAAGAACCUGUACAAGUUCUUUGUGGUUGAUGUCCUGUCACACAAGAAGGCCGCUCCCAAUGCCAGAAUCCUUCAGCUGCUUACGGAUCUCUCGAUCCCAAUGACAUGUACAAAUAAGCAGUAUGGUAGACCGGAAUACGAGAUCUGUGCCACCAAUGAAUCGCUCGGAUGGCUGGAACUGGAGAAUUGCCUGCCCGUGUGGAGCAGAUUGAAUCGAAGGAAUACCGCGGGCAAGUACCGCAACCUGCCCAUCAGCAAGAUUAAGAAGUUCGACAUCGAGAUCGAGGGUCGCCUAUGGUCGCUAUGGGGCAAUCUCCAUCCAGAGGCUCCUGUCUUCGAGGACGACGUUAGGGGUCGUCAGUAUUUGGGUUGCUAUGUGAUGGCCUGCUGUGCGGCCAGCGUUUACCGGUUGAUGGACUGGAGUCCACAUCUUCUGGACACCAUUGUGGUCAGCGGAAGCACCUACUUCAAGGAGAGCAUUGAUCAGAUCAACAAGGAGGACUACGAAUUCUCACUGGAGAACCUCAACAUCGACUGCUCUAUGGACACCAUUAACUUUGUGGUGCACAUAGAACAUGUUUGCUAUGGGAAACUGUACCGGGUCCCCACAUUUAAUCGAAUGAAUCUAUCCGAGGCCCUUAUCUACUUCUUCAGUCACUAUCAGUUUGGAAUUGUGAGUGUGCGAAAGCGGUCACUGGCCAUUGGAUUUUGCCCCAGCCACGAUGGUGGAUAUUUUAUGUACGACUGCCAGGAGAAGGAUCACCCACUGUUCCCCAAGCAGCAAGGUGCUUCCUACAUGCUGCGUACCCGGCAUCUACAGGUGCUCCUCUACUGCGUAGUGGUCACCCUAAAUGUGCCAUUCUAUAACAUUGACUUCAGCAUUCACAAGGUAGAGAUGAUGCGCGAAGGAGCCACCGUGGAGAACGAAGAGGAGGAGGGUGGCGAAGAGGGAGGUGCUUGACGGGAUUUUGGUUGAGAAACGUUUGGUAUUCGUUGGGUCUGGAACUUUAAAUUAUUUUUACUAAUAGUUUGGAUACAAUUUGUGGAAAGCAUAAAUAAAACAUAAAAUCUCUUUUUAA